AUGCCACCAUUUCUCCCCCGCAAGCGCGUAUCCUCCGAGGACCCGCCCCCGGCCAAGCGCCAGGCCCGGCCCGAUAAUUCUCAAGCUCCUCCCCAAGCUCCCCAAGCUCCGUUCCACCUCUCCGAUUCCGACUCCGACUCCAACUCUUUGAGCGAUGCACCUGAAGGUCUCCUCAAGGAAAAUGCCUCUGCGUCCGAAGAAUCCGAAGAUGAAGAAGAGGAUAUUGACUGGGAGGAUGCGAUAGACACAAAGACCAGCGUCACUAGACCUGUCGCGGCCCCGGAGCUACAGGAUCUAGAGUUGACUCUGGACCAAAAUGAGACACAUGUGUCUGAUCUUCUGGAGGGCAAGAAAGGGCCUAGUAAAAUUGAGCGCCAAAUCCGAAUCCAGACGCACUGUAUGCAUGUCCAAUGCUUGCUUUUCCACAACGCCAUCCGCAAUUCCUGGAGCAACGAUUCGAAAGUGCAUGAGAUCCUGCGCAAAAAGCUACCGGAAGGGAUUCAGAAGGAAGUCAAGAAAUGGCGUAUAGCGUCGGGCCUAGAACUUCCAGAGCCGAAACCCGAACCGAAGAGUAAAAAGAAAGGCAAAAAGGCCAAGAAGAAUAAAGACUGGAGUGAUGAGUCCGAGCGACUGGAACCAGGCCAGCCGGAUAUGAGCCGUGGUGAUCCAAUUAUCAUAUUGAUGAAGGUGCUGGUCGCAUACUGGAGGAAACAGUUUCGUAUCACGGCGCCAGGAUUGCGAAAGUAUGGAUAUCGGCCGGUAUCUGCCCUUGAAACUGCAAUCACCGACUUCCGCGAGGAGGAGCAUGACCCGGAGCGUCAUGGUGAGCGUAUCGCCAACCUGGAUGAGUUCCGCGCGACCGCCGAGCGUAUGCAGGGCUCGCGGGACGUCGGCGCACAGCUCUUCACGGCUCUCGUUCGUGCUCUAGGCAUUGAGGCCAGACUGGUGGCUAGUCUACAACCGUUGGGCUUUGGCUGGACCAAAGGAGAGACCUACACACCUCUCACACCUUCCAAGGCAGAUAAGGACCCCGGGGAUGAAGAGGAGUCGGAAGGAUCCGAGCCUGAGACUGACGCUGAAAACAAAGUACCAGCGAAGAAGCGUAAGCAAUUCGAUGCGGAUCUGCCAUUUCCUAUCUAUUGGACCGAAGUUGCCUCGCCCGUCACGAAUGAGAUCAUAUCUGUCGACCCGCUUGUACUUUCCAACCCCGUGGCGCCAUUUGCAGAUACAGAUCUACAAGCAAACUUCGAACCACGCGGUGCAAAAGCAGACCGGGCCAAACAAGUCAUAUGCUAUGUUGUCGCCCACUCGUCCGAUGGUACUGCUAAAGAGGUCACAACAAGAUACCUCCGACGGCGGACCUGGCCUGGUAAAACAAAAGGCUUCCGAAUGCCCUUGGAAAAAGUACCCGUAGGCCAGCGCGGGCACUACAUUGCCUUUGACUGGUUCGGGAUGGUAAUGCGCGGGUACCAGCGAGCCCGCAAGAGCAAAACCGCAGUCGACAAACUCGAAGAAACCCGAGAUUUACAACCUAACCAACCCGAAAAGAAGAAAACAGCUCAAACAGCCGAUACUCUCCAAAGCCUCCGGACCUCCACCGAGUUCGUGCUAGAGCGCUUCCUCCGCCGCGAAGAAGCCCUCCGCCCCGGCGCCGAGCCCGUCCGAACCUUCAUCGCUGGAAAAGGCGUGCGGGCCAAAGAAGAACCCGUCUUCCGACGAGCAGACGUGCUAAAAUGCCUGUCCGCUGAAAGCUGGCACAAAGAAGGCCGCAAGCCGAGACCGGGCGCGGUAGCGCUCAAGCGCGUGCCCAUCCGCGCCGUGACCCUCAUACGCAAACGUGAAGUCGACGAACUGCACCGCCAGACCGGCGAGAAACCCCUACAGGGUUUGUACGCACGCGACCAGACAGAGUACAUCAUCCCGCCGCCUAUUCAGGACGGCCGCAUCCCCAAGAACGAAUAUGGUAACAUUGACUGUUUCGUGCCGAGUAUGGUGCCCGAGGGCGCGGCCCAUGUCCCCUUACCUGGUACCGUGCGAGUAUGCAAGAAGCUUGGAAUUGACUAUGCGGAGGCAGUGACGGGGUUCGAGUUUGGGUCAAAGAUGGCUGUACCGGUUAUUCAGGGUGUUGUUGUUGCGGCCGAGAACGAGGGUUUACUUAGGGAUGCUUGGAAGGUUGAAGCUGAGGAGAAGAGGAAGAGGGAGGAGCUGAAGGCAGAGAAGAAGAUCCUGCAGACGUGGAGGAAGUUUCUAUUUGGGUUACGGAUUAUGGAGCGUGUGAGAGAUGAGUAUGGAGGUGGAGAUCCAGAUGCUGAUAGGGAGCGCGAUUCGCAUAAUCCCUUCGCUGUGGAGAAGAAAAAGCGGGAGGAGGAAUCGGAAGAUGAUGGCGAUCAAGAAAUGCCUGACAGGGAGUCGUCAUAUAACGCGAUUGAUCAUGGUGGUGGCUUUCUUCUUCCUGGUCAUGAAGAUGCCGCAGACGAUGGGUUGAUCGUCGAGCACCAUGAUCAGCAGCAGAGUCCUGCAGGUCCGUCUCACACCGAUUAUGACCCGGAUGACAACGAGCCAUUCGAAUCUGGACCUCCUUCGGAGUCCCCGCCGGUGUCUAUCUCAUCGGGUUCAGAUAACGAGGUGGAUAAUAAUGGCGAGGAGGAAGCAGAACCUGAAUACGUUCCUCGCUCGACACGACGAACGCGAGGGCGUUAA